CGGCCUGGCGGUGGCCGCCCAGCCCCUCCCUCCGCGGUCGCGGGCGGCUGUCUGAAGGCGCCGAUCUGCCGAGAGAAGCCACCAAGGUUUGGGCAUGGAGAGCUCGGCGGGCGACCCAUACCGGCGGCCGGCGCGGCGCACUCAGUGGCUGCUGAGUGCCUUGGCUCACCACUAUGGGCUGGACCGCGGCGUGGAGAAUGAGAUCGUGGUGCUGGCUACCGGUCUGGACCAGUAUCUGCAGGAGGUUUUCCACCACUUGGACUGCCGGGGAGCGGGCCGCCUACCGCGCGCCGACUUCCGUGCGCUCUGCGCGGUACUGGGGCUGAACGCUGACGGGGAGACGGCCACGGAGGACGCAAACUCCGCGGAGACGGCCUCCACGAACCCGGCUGCUGGGAUGAUCGCUGGCGGGGACGCGGACGUCAGGGAAGAGGCGCGCCUGGCUCUGCGCGCCGACCCUCCAGAGCUCACCUUCCGCCAGUUCCACGCGCGCCUCUGCGGCUAUUUCAGUAGCCGAGCGGGGCCCCGGCUGCCCCGCGGAGCUCUUAGCGAGCACAUCGAGACACAGAUCCGCCUCCGCCGCCCGCGCCGCCGCCGCCGGCCUGGCUCACCGAACCUGCACAGUGGCGCCUAUGGAGAGCGCGUGGCACAUCUAGAGGAGGAAAACAGUAGCCUACGCGAGCUGGUGGAGGACCUACGGGCUGCGCUGCAGAGCAGUGACGCGCGCUGCCUGGCCCUUCAGGUCGGCCUCUGGAAAAGCCAGUCGGACAUCCCGGAAGCGGCAGCGCACGAGCUGCAGCGAGCGCAGGGAGCGCUGGCAGAGGCGGAGGCGCGCGCCCGGCGGCUGCAGCGCGGACAGGUGGAGGUGCGACUGCGCACCGAGGAGGCUCGGCAGGCGGUGCGACGCAGCUUGCACNGAGUACGGGAGCUGGAGGCGCUGGCGCGGCGCGUCCCCUGCUUGCAGCGCCAGGUGCAGCGACUGGAGACAGAGCUUAGAGGUUACAGGUGA